CUAUAUAGCUAGCUACUAUCCCUCCUCUCUACAAAACAUAUUUUAAAACAAGAAAGAAACCAAAAAUGAAAGACCAGAAGAACAAUACUGUCAGCGGUUUAGCUUCGAGCUCACGGCCGUUGUCGUCCACCACCACAACAACAAAUAGAACAACCGGUCCUCAGCCCAAUAAUAAUCUUUCGGUAAGAGCAGGAACAAUAAGGAAGAGCAACGAUGCGAAUAGCCUUCAACAUAUUCUUCAGAACAAUCUUCUUCUUCAACGUCGAAUUAAAGAAUACAUUCUCUUUUCCAGGCUCAAGUCUAUGAUACCUCCUCAACCCUCUCAAGAACAGAUAUCAGUAAGGCAUGAAGAAGCAACAGAAGUGGAUAUGGAGCUUAGUGAGAUCCCAUCAGCUGAGAGGGAUUCUGACGAAGAAACAAAGAGUGAUGACGAAGAUGAUUUAGGAAAUAUUUCUAUCGACUACGACAGUGAUUUCGAGAAAGAUGGAGAUGAUGUUGAAUCAUUUGUGCCAUCAAUCAAGAUAAGUAAAAUAGAAGACUUGAUACUUAUCAAUACAACGGUUCUUAAGAAGGUUGCAUUAACUUCAUCUCUGUUCAGAAUUUUUGAAGAGGAAAACCUUGAUAUAGUGUUUGAGAAUCAAUAUAGAACUGAAUGCAAUGUUGCUCAUACUAUUCAAGUAAGAAUUCAACCAGAAUACAACAUUCAACUAUUGGAGAAGAGGCUUUGGAUGUGGGCAGGAGGAUUUUUAUGAACUCACGGGCCAACUUUUAGCCACCCCGUGUAAAUGGCCCUUCAAUCCAUAUAAUUGAUUAAAUUGGAAUUACCUAUAGAUCUUAUUAUAGUGGUAUUAGUUAGUGGCAGGUCCACCCACUAAAGCCCAAUAACCAGAGGUCCAUAAUUAAAAGAAAAAUGAAAAAUGGACCCAAUUUUUUAAGUCCAGGUCCUGUACACGUGCGGGAUCAGGUGUGUAAAAUUUAAAAAUACCACAAAUAACCUUUCCAUUUAACAGGUCUAUAAACACGAGAAGAACAUUGACAUUUCAUAUUCGUUUUCUUCUUCUCUUUCUUCUCACUGCUGCUACGAAUGGAUUCUAAACAAAUCCAAAUUUUAUUGUUCAAUCUUUCUCGUUUUUAUCAAAUCAUAUGGAGAUUUUUCU